AUGGAGGGGAGGUUGCAAGACCGCUGGAACCCAAAGGGUAGCCUCGCUCUGUCUGCUUACACCUGCGUGCAGUAUGUUGAGGGUCGAAGAGACAUAGAGAGUGCAGCCGACAUUCUCAGACUGCUGGGCAAGCGAGAGCAAGUGUCACAUGCAAUGGACAAAAAAAGAUUGAGCCUGAAGAUGGUGGAGGCAAUGGUAGGAGGAGGAUACGUCGGUGGAGAAGACUAA